AUGCCUAACCCGUCGCUCCAGGUGACGGCGGACCACCAAUUGAAGCAGUUAGAGGCUCCUGUACUGGCACCCAAGAAAGGUGAUGUCCUGCUCCAGGCCAAAGUGACUGGGAUUUGUGGUUUUGAUGUGCACUUUUGGAAGUCCGGCCGCAUUGGCUCGCUUGUAUUCGCAGGCGAUUGCAUUUUGGGCCAUGAAGCAUCUGGCGUGGUGCUGAAAGUUGGUGACGGUGCAAAUGACCUGAAGCCCGGUAAGACGUCCGGCUAUCACUCCCAUUACUUUGUACUUACGGGCUUUGGUAUCCCAAAUGAUCGUGUGGUUGCCGAGCCCGGCGUGCCAUGCGGUUUAUGCUUCAUGUGUACUGACGGUCGGUACAAUUUGUGUGCCGAUGUCAAGUUUUCCGGGGUCUACCCUCAUCACGGCACGAUGCAGCGAUACAAAAUACACCCUACCCGCUGGGUGCACCGCCUACCAGACAACGUAAGCUACGCUGAAGGGGCAUUGCUAGAACCGCUAUCCGUAAUCAUGCAUGGAAUCAGAAGCGCUGGUCUCAGCCUGGGUCGCGGUGUGGUUAUCUGUGGCGCUGGCCCAAUAGGCUUGAUUGCACUAGCAGCUGCCCGUGCCUCAGGUGCCCAUCCACUAGUAAUCACAGAUAUCGAGCCGCGUCGUCUGGCAUUCGCCAAAGUUUUGAACACGCAACUGGGUGCGGAAGGAAACGUACGCACAAUCCAGAAACUCUUUGGCUCUGAUGAGUACUUCGCUCCAGAGACGAUUCUUGAGUGUACCGGUGUGGAGACGAGUGUUUGCACGGCUGUGUGUGCGGUGCGUCGUGGAGGUACGGUUAUGGUUAUUGGUAUUGGGGGCGCGAUUAUGAAUAACCUUCCGUUUAUGCAUAUUUUCCUCGCAGAGAUCAAACUCAAGUUCAUCAAUCGCUAUCGGGAUACUUGGCCAUCUUGCACUGCGUGUUUGUCAGAUGGAACUCUGGAUUUUAAAAAACUGGUUACACACACCUUCGCGCUGGAACAGGCAAAGGAAGCUUUGGAACUGGCCUCGGAAUGGCAGUAUCAAGGUGUUGGUGGUGGAUGUAGUGCAGGCGACAUUUUAGGUAACACUUUAUGCAAGGUAAUAUGUGUAACGUACAUAAGGAAUGUAUAA